AUGGAGGACGAUCGGACCCUGCGGGCAUCGGAAGUGUUUGAGAGUUUGACCAAGAAUGUUGUGGAGUAUCUGGAAGAGACAAGAUCGGAAAGAUACGCAGAAAGCGCCUUCAGGUCAUGGGUUGAAGUCAAGUUUUAUCGUGACCACCUUUAUCGGGCAUCGAGUGUCAUCGCCCACCAACACCGGUUGAACUUGCUGUCCUCGUGCUUGGACGCCAUGGGCUGGCAGCUGAGGGCGGAGGCUGAAGAAAGGAAGGAGAUGGCAGUCAGGUUCCGCAGGAUGGUUGUUCUGCAGAGCGCUUUCUGCUACUGGGGAGAAAUCCGCAAGUUGGAGCUGGAGGCGGACAGGCAGCUUGCGAGUCAGCGGCUAGCAAGGAUGGUUGAGGUGCAGGUGACGGAAGGAGCAUGGGGGCAGUGGAGAGGAUGCGUGAGAUGGAGGAGAGUGAAGGAGGAGGCGAAAGACUUGAGCCAGUACAUCGAAAGGAAGGGGAUGACAGCAGUGCUUGCGGGCUGGGGGAGAGCGUCGCAAUGGAGGGAGAAACUUCGUCCUGUACUUGCAAAGCUGGGCAAGCAGAAGGAUGUGCAUAGGAAGCAGUUUGUGCUGGUUGCGUUCACCAGGCUGAUGGUUGGGGGGCCCCGUGUCGCGUGCAUACAGCACAACAUCCUGUGCAAGCAUGGUUUCACUGCCUUGAAGACGUUUGCUGACGAGAUGAAACUGUUGGUGCAGCAGACGUUUGUCAGGACGAAGCUGAAGGCCUGGCGCUCGCUGACGAGGACGCUGUGGGGAAAUCGAAGAUAUUUCGACCGCCACUGCAGAGCGUGGGACGAGAUUCGUCUGCACUCACUGGGGAAGCAAACUUUGAAUCGGUGGAAGGAUUUCUGCAGGGAGGAAGAGGAUCGAGAAGAGGACUUGACCUGCUUGUUCGAGUACCAUAACAAGGACCUGUACAUCAACCAUCGGGUGAUGCUGAAGGUGAUGGAGGGAUGGUUGAGCACUUGCCUGGAGUUGGAGGAGAGGAGGAGGAACAUCGCUAAGAGCUUCAGCCACAAGGCUUGCAGGAGGAGGUACUUUGCCUUCUGGAAGAGCGUAUCAGCAGCAGUUCGCACCCAUCGAGCGUCCUGCAUGCGCUUUGCGGAGAAGUUUGAGGCCGUGAUGAAGAGCGCGCAUGCCCUGUGGCUAGUCGGGGAUGCGAUGGCGAAGUUUGCAGCUGGUUGUGAGCGGGAGGGUCAGGAGUUCGCAGAGUUGAGGGUGAGAGGAGAGAAAAUUCUGCUCAGAGUCACAACGAGGUGCAAGCGCAGAGUCGUUGAGGGAUGGAAGUCAGUCCGUCUGCAGAGGAUAGUGGGGGAGAUGCUGGUGUGGAGGAGGAGGAAGACACAGUUCGAGAUGUUCCAGGGCUGGUCCUUGGUCCUCUGCGAUGCCGAGGUCCUCUACCGCGAUCAGUGGGAGCUCGCCGAGAGCAGGAGCAGGAGGAGGAGGAGGACGUGGCUGCUUGCUGUGCUCAAGUUGCACCUGUGGGACGUCAGGCAGAGAGAGAGGGAGAUGCAGCUGAGACAUCACAAGGAAGUGAUGGGCCGCUGCGUGUCAGGUUGGAAGUACAUCGCCAAUGCCAUCGUCGAGCUACGGUCGAUCAACGAGAAGCUGGAGGAGAAGAGGAGGAGGGUCAGCAGCAAGCAGCAGGGCAAGGUCCUCCUCGUCCUCCUUGCCCGAUGGAGGAGGAGGGCGCGAGCAGGGAGGGCGAGGGACUUUGCGGCGUCUCUGAAGAACCAGCGGGAGGAAGCGGAGAAGAGCCGCGUGCUGGAGGGAUGGAGGAGGCGGGUGGCCUGGUUCAGCGAGGAUAGUGUGCUGCUCUGCUUUCGUGACCCGCAGCAGGUAGUGCAUUGGCACAGGAUGCGAGCGGAGCACGGGAGGAAGCAGGUUCAGCCGCUGUGGAGAAGGUGGCGGGUCCUUGGAGAUGGGAGGAGGAGGAGGAGGAGAGCUGCGAGGGAGUGGGAGGAGAAGAGGAUGAGGCAAGCGGUAUCGUGCUGGCGGACAACCUGUCAGAAGCUGAAGCAGGAAGAGAGGAGGGAGAAGGGGUCCUGUGCUGCUGCUGCUGCUGCUGCUGCCAAGGAGGAGGAGGAGGAGGAGGAGGAGGAGGAGGAGGAGGAGCCACAAGUGCUGAAGAAAGUACCUGAGCCUCAGCCCAGUCUAGCUCGCAGCUCUGAGAUUGUUGCAGCGUUGCCGAAGGUUGUCGAGGACAUGUCAAGUCACAAGUCAAAUAUCGACGCAACAGCACAUCGAACUCCAGACAAUCCAAGCUCUCUCUCUGCUCCCCACCAUCCAGAUUCUGCUGCUUCUCGGGCCAGCACCGCACAGAAGCGCCUCAACUUCAACCAGGAGGAGGAUGCCAGGCAACGGGAGCUAGAGCAGGUCAAGCUGGUCCUGCGCGACCGUCUCCUCAAGCUACAGGAAUCGCGUGAGGAAGGGAGAAGGAAGGGAGGCGACGAGGAUGCAGUUGCAUCCUCCCAUGCUCAUGGCGUCGCGGAUGGGCUGGAGUUUGCGGCGGGGAAGAGAGGAGGAGAGAGCAUGGCGGAACAUGAAGUCUGUAGGAAAGGAGGAGCAGGAGGAGGAGGAGAUACCUGCGCUUGCAGCAGCUUCUUCGUCUCAUCAGGCAGGAGAAAUCACUUGGUGUAUGAAUGUCUCAGAAGACGAGGUUGGGUAGAAAGGAAACAGCUCCUCUCUCCCCCCUCCUCCUCCUCCUCCUCCUCCUCCUUUCUCUGGGUUUCUCAUCCCCGAGACAGGGAGGACGCUCUCGCAGUCUCCGGCAGGAACCUGAUCAACCAGGUGGAGGGAAUCAGCACGAUAACGAGCAGAAAGGGCCUCAUGUCGAUCGCCUCCUCCUUCCUUGCUGCCGGCUCCUCCUUCAGCCCCUUCCUCCGCCAGCCUCUGCGCUGCCUCAUGCCUCCUGCCGCCGACUUGGAUCGCUUCCUAGAGCUGCCCGCGGAGAGGUUCGCGGGCCCUUACGUCAUCAAACGGCUGAGAUCGAGGAGGAGACGAGAGGAGGAAGAGGAAGAGAAGCAGAUGAUCGUCAAGGACGUUGCUCAGCUGCGUAUCGAUCCUGACUUCAUCUUCUCCGGGGCAGGCGGCGACAGUUCGAGCGGGAGGAAGGGAUCCCUUCUUGUUCAGCAGUACCUCUCCUCUCCCCUCCUCCUCGACGGCUUCAAGCUCGAUCUUCAAGUAUUCGUCCUCAUCGCCCGCACUGAUCCCUUUCUGGCCUUCUACCAUGAUGGGUAUGCGAGGGUGGCUAUGGAGAAGUACGAGGAGCAGGACACGACGAACCGGUUUGCGCAUGACACAAGCACGUCUGUGCAGAGGAGACACCCGCUGUGGGAGGAGGAGAAGGAGGAGAAGCUGCUGAGCUUCCAGCAGCUGCAAGCUCGACUGGAGGCACAGGGAGGCGGAAGCGACGAGGAUGUUGUCGAGCUGCGUAUCAAACCUCAGAUCAAAGGGAUCUUGCGAGAGGUUUUGCAGCAGGCCAGCGGGAGGAUGAAGAGCAAGGAAGGAGCGUUCGCUCUCCUCAGCGCUACUCUCAUGCUCGACCGCCAACUGGAUGCGAAGCUCAUCAGCAUGAGAAGUGACCCGGACUUGGAUGGCAGUGUGAAGGAGAUUCGGAAGCUUCUAGUCCCUCUGGUGGAGGAGACGAUUGAGAUCGUUGUGGAGAGCAACAGGAGGGGCGGGAGCGACCGUCCUCACUGCAUCGAGGGGUUCGAAUAUCUACUGGAUGAAUCCUGCAACCUGGCCGGAGGAGAGUGA